ACAUCAGUUACGCAGACCUGUGUGAUCUGCAAGUUUUGAUUUGAAGUGGUGAACACCCAGAGAAGGAAAUGGCCUCACAAAGCAUGCUAGUCUGUUUUAAUAUGCAGAUUCCUUACCACCCUCCCAAUAUUCACAAUCCCCAAAUACAGCGUAUUUCUCACUGCUGGCCCAGUGGUUUUAUCAGAGUAAGAAUUUGAGGCCUGCGUUUAUAGGGGUACUUCAUUUCUUUUUCUGUUUCAAACAAAAAGAUGUGUUUUUUUUCUUCGUGAGAAAUACUGCUGGCGGUGCAAUUUAGUUGAAGAAGCUACUUCAGAAACCGAAAGCUACAAAGUAGAGUUUGAGCCUUACGUAGAUAGGAUGAAUUUCACCUUUUUCUCAGUAUCCCUUUUUUUUUCUAAAAGGUUUGUCUUUUGUCAACAAAAAGAAAAAAAUGAGUAUGUGAAAGUGCUUGUAAUGAUAAUUUGGCUAGGUCAAGUUAUACCAAUUGUUAAUCUACUCUGAGUUGUAAUGCCUGCAGUGUGUUUUUGUUUUGCUUUUUUAAAGCAGUGAAGAUUAUGUUAAAUAUGCAGGAUUUAAAAGAUGACAUUCAUGGUUUCCUAUACAACUUUAUUGUGCAGAUGUUACGUAUAUAUGAAGUACGAUGCUUUUCUGUGUGCAAGAAAGAGAGGAGGGAGAACGGUGCCUGAUAGAGCUGCAAAUCGUACAGUAACGCAGAUCUCCAAGAGAAAAAAAUGUGACUGGAGCAACUGCAGCUCUGGCACCUUAAGUGGCUGGCUGGAAUCUGAGUCUUUACCAAAGCUACCUAUAAGAUUUUACACAUCAAGUUGAUUUUCCUUCUUGUUGCGUGCUUAGAAAGAAGGUAAAAUUGCAUUUUAAACUGUUCCACAACUGCCUCUCCUUCAUACAUCAUUGGAGCAGAAACCUGACUCUGGAGCAUUGCAGCACAGGUUUUUACCACUUGAACUAUGGGACUGACAACCCUAAUUGGUAGCAGCAGAAGACUUAUUCCCUAAGGGCUAAAAAAGGAAUAUGCUGCUGGCGCCAUGUGUUGAGCCCGGGCGAGGGGGGAAGGUAAGGAAUAAAUGAGGCAAUUAGGAGUUGGCGCUACGCAAUCUCCACGGGACUGGAAAUAUCAGUAUUUCACGUGCUAAGAUAACAACUUAGAAGAAGAAAAAAAGAGGCUAUGUUCGGCUUCUUCCGAAAAAGUCAAGAUUCAAAGAAGAUUGCAGUGCCAGAGAGAGAAGCAGAUGGAUUUGUUAUUGUGGGUGAGACAGCUGAUGAUCAAAACAGAGAGUCAAAGGACAAAACUUCGUUUCCAGAGACCAGACCGACCUACAGCCAGCCUUCACAGACGAAUACCGGGCACCGAUCGCAGUUGACGGUAUCAAGUGCAGAGAUGGGAAAUGGAAGGAGUCAAAAUCUGGAAAGCAGCCCUUUCAUGUCAGAUCUUCUGAGUGACGUACCCUUUGCCCUAGCACCGCAUGUGUUAGCAGUACAGGGCACCCGUAAUGACGUUCCUGACCGAUUGCUCACCUAUGACAUCAAUGACAAUUUAUCAAGAUUUUGGUAUGACUUUACACUUGAAAAUUCAGUGCUUUGUGAUCUGUAAUGUUUUCUUGAUCUUUUCUGUAUGUGUCAAGUCUUAAUGUGAAGAUAAAAACUCGUUUUAAACAUCUUGAUAUUUUGGGGGCCUACCACUGGAUAUGAGAUCCAUUGGAUCCAAAGGAUUGUUAUUCGGUACUAUGUUAUAUUCUGUAGCUUUAAGUGAACUGUAACUUGCUAUGUUAGGUAUUCUGUUUAUCUCCAAAGAAAUCAAGUAAAGCUGUUUCAGCCCGGGCUGGCUGUUGGUAUCUACUUCCCGUAGGUAGGCUGUAGGCGCAAACAUUUCAUAACUUUAAGAUGAAGUCUAUGCACAUCUGCACUGUUUUGUUAUUUCACUCUGAUACUAAGCACAUAUAUCCUGUUCUACAUGUUCCUUUAAGAUCACCUUUGAUUUUCUGCAGAUAGGAGCCAGUAUUAACGUUACAGCAAUGCUUCUUUGUUCUACUGGACAGAGAGCUUCCCAGCCAAAAACUUUCAAAACCCAGACUUAAUUCUGGCUACUGAAAUAGUUAGGAGUACUUCACCCAGUCAAUUAAACUUACUGAUUUGAAAGUGACAACCAGUUGCCGCACUGUCUUCCCUGUAGAUGGUAUUUGUGGCCUCCCCAUUUUGUGCCGCUUCUGUUCCCUGGAGAAGUCCUCUUGGGCUGCCUGUUGGCUGCUGUUUGUUCUCACUGCCACAUGUGUUCCUGAUUUAUACACGGAUCAGCUUUUCCAUUUUAACCUCUUUGCCCCCUAAAGAAGGAAAUCUCAGGACACGUACUUUUAAUGGUCACACCCUUCUUUUUUUAAUUUGUGUGCCAGAGAUACAGAUGGCAAUGUUUAACAACAGGAAAACAUUACAUUGUUCCUUAUCCAGCUAAAUUAGAUGGUUAAGUACCUAAACAUGCUUUCUCACAAACCACCAUGUCCCCUGCUCACCACCUUCGGGUUUUUCCAACUAAAACAAGAGUUGCUGUUGUAAUAUCACAAUUUGCGUGAAUAACAAUCUGUGUAGCUCGAAAGAUUACACUGUUUUUCUCUCUUGGGGUAGAAUAUUUGCAUUGUGCCAAAUGCUAGUAGAUAUUUUCAUAUAUUUUCUAUGCUCUGUGAUAGCUUAAUAUAUGCAGAUUUUCAGACUUGUGUCCUCUUGUGUUAGAGAUAAAAACCAUAAAUGAUGGAGAAAUUACAUUGUGAAUGUGUCUUAGGCUGUUAAAAAUAUAUUUUUUUCAGAUUUUUUUUAAUGUAUGUAUUUAAGUAAAUUUGUUAGCAUAUUUUUGACAAUUUAUGUUCAUAAAUGUUUUGAAGUAAUUGUUUCAGGGAAAGUAUCUGUGCUGCACUCUCAAUAAAAAUGUGUUAAA